UAUUUUUACAAGACUGAGAUCAAUCAACUAAGUAGAAACUAAAAAUGAUAUUACAUCAAUUUACGAAUUACGAUAUUUGUAUUUUGUACAUUUUUACUCAAUGGUACUAUAUUUUAACUCGGGAUGCGUGGAGUCAAGAUGGAAAGACUUGUUUUGUUGAUCUUCCGAUGGUAAGUUAAUUUUAAACACUUUACGAGUAGAUGCUACAUACGUUUACGAGGCUAUUGGUUUCAGUCAAUCAAAAUGCAACGACUAAAAAAAUUAAAUUGUAUUCGUAUUAUUGGGAAAGACUGAUUUUGACCCAUCCAUUUGAAAAUUUACCCUAUUAUAAAUACCCCAUCUUCUAAAUUUCCAUUUCUCAGUCACACUAAUCUUACAAUCUAGUGAUUAAAGAAUUUAACUAGGAACUAAAACUUCAGAGAAUGGGAGGAAAAGGUGGUAGCGGUGGAGGAGGAGGAGGAAAAGGUGGUAGCGGUGGAGGAGGAGGAGGGAAAGGUGGUUCCGGUGGAAGUGGAGGAGGAAGGAGCGGCGGUGGAGGAGGGAAAGGUGGCGGUAGCGGUGGAGGAGGAGGAGGAGGAGGGAAAAGCGGUGCGGGUGGUGGAGGAGGCGGUUACAUGGUAGCGCCAGGCAGCAGUGGGUCUUCUUACAUAUCAAGGGAUAACUUUGAGAGUGAUCCGAAAGGUUACUUUGAUAAUCUCCACGGUAGUGGACAGGGUAACAAAGGCGGGAAUGGAGGAGGAACAAUAAAAAUGGGAGGAAAAGGUGGUAGCGGUGGAGGAGGGGGAGGGAAAGGUGGUUCCGGUGGAAGUGGAGGAAGGAGCGGUGGUGGUGGGGGAGGGAAGAGUGGCGGUGGAGGAGGAGGGAAAAGCGGUGGCGGUGGUGGGGGAGGCGGUUACAUGGUAGGGCCAGGCAGCAGUGGGUCUUCAUACAUUUCCAGGGACAACUUUGAGAGUGAUCCCAAAGGUUACUUUGAUAAUCUCCACGGUAGUGGACAGGGUAACAAGUGAGUUUGGUCUUUAUUGAAAAUCUAUGCACUGAAAGAUGCUUAUUGUA